GCCCUGCCAAGGCUGAGAGUGACAAGCGUCUAAGUGCAGGGCCCGGCCAGGGGCCAGGGUCUGCAGUAGAUGACCACCAGGACAAUGUCUUCUUCCCCAGCGGGCGCCCACCUCACCUGGAAGAGCUCCACACGCAGGCCCAGGAGGGGCUCCGCUCCCUACAGCAUCAAGAAAAACAGAAGCUGAACAAGGGUGGCUGGGACCAUGGAGACACCCAGAGCAUCCAGUCCUCCCGGACAGGGCCAGAUGAGGACAGCAUCUCCUUCUGCAGCCAGACCACGUCCUACACGGCCGAGAGCUCCACGGCAGAGGACGCGCUUUCCAUCCGCUCGGAGAUGAUCCAGCGCAAAGGCUCCACCUUCCGACCACACGACUCAUUUCCCAAGUCAUCUGGAAAGUCAGGGCGGCGUCGGCGGGAGCGGAGGAGCACGGUGCUGGGACUGCCACAGCAUGUGCAGAAAGAACUCGGUCUGCGCAGUGAGCGGGAGGCGCCGAGAACGCCUCGGCCUCCAGGUGCACAGGAUGCUGUGCGCAUCCCCCGCACCUUUGACCGUGUCUUUCGGGACGACCCCUUCGUUGGCCGAUCUACAGGGAACCGGCCGUCGCCACUGACCCGUCCUGUGUCCCUAGCGGUGCCUGGACUGACGGGAGGGGCGGGGCCUCCAGAGCCCCUGAGCCCAGCCAUGUCCAUCUCACCUCAGGCCACCUUCUUGUCAAAGCUGAUCCCACACGCCGUGCUGCCGCCCACAGUGGACGUGGUGGCCCUGGGCCGCAGCAGCCUGCGCACGCUGAGCCGCUGCAGCCUGCACUCUGCCAGCCCCGCCUCCGUUCGCUCGCUGGGCCGCUUCUCCUCGGCCUCAAGCCCACGGCCCUCCAGCCGCCACCCGUCGUCCUCCAGCGACACCUGGAGCCACUCUCAGUCCUCGGAGACCAUCGUGUCCGACGGCUCCACCCUGUCCUCUAAGGGUGGCUCUGAGGGCCAGCCAGAGGGCUCCGUGGCCAGCCACAGCGUGGCCCCCACCCCCCAGGGCGGCAGCGGGAGGGGCUCGCCCAGCGGGGGCAGCACGGCCGAGGCCGCGGACACAGUGAGCGUUCGGAGCGGGGGGCCCUUAGGGCUGCCUCCUAAGCCAGAGCGCAAGCAGCAGCCGCAGCUGCCUCGGCCGCCCACCACGGGAGGCCCAGAAGGGGUGGGGACAGCCCCCUGUCCACCCAGCUCCGGGGGCAGCUGGGGGCCUGGCCUAUCUCCAGGUGGCUCCCGGCGACCCCCACGCUCCCCAGAACGGACACUUUCCCCCUCCAGUGGAUACUCGAGCCAAAGUGGCACCCCUACCCUCCCUCCUAAGAGCUUGGCAGGUGCUCCUGCCUCCCCAGGCAAGGCCCAGCCUCCUAAGCCAGAGCGGGUGGCUUCCCUUCGGUCCCCUGGUGCCUCAGUCUCAUCCUCACUCACGUCUCUCUGUUCCUCCUCCUCUGACCCUGCCCCCUCAGACCGUUUUGGUCCACAAAUGUCAACCCCCCUAGGUGACAGGUUUGUCAUACCUCCUCACCCCAAGGUGCCUGCCCCCUUCUCCCCACCUCCCUCCAAACCCCGGAACCCUAACCAGGCUGCCCUUGCUCUGGCAGCUCCUGAUCUGGUUACUGGGCCCCUCUCUACGGCCCGUGGCAGUCCUGGGUCUCCAGCCCCUCCCCAGCCAUCCCUGACCCCACCACAGGAGACUCCUGCUGCUGCCAAAGACCAGUCACCCCCACCGUCCCCACCCCCAUCUUACCCUCCUCCUCCGCCACCCACUAAGAAGCCUGAGGGGGUUGAGGAGGCUCCCGCUGCCCCCGAGACUGUUGAGGAGUCCCUGCAAGAUCCCAGCUGGCCGCCACCCCCACCCCCUGCCCCUGAGGAGCAGGACCUGUCCAUGGCCGACUUCCCCCCACCCGAGGAGGCCUUUUUCUCUGAGGCUGGCCCUGAGCAUGCAGGCCCACUGGAGCCCCCGGAGCUGGGUGGCUCCUUGGACUUGCCCUCAGCUGCUGGCUCUCCCCAGAGCCAGCCGCCCCACGGUACCCCAGCCCCGCCACCAGCCUCACCUGCUGGCUUUGCCCCAGGGCUUCUGGCCAAGACUCCUGAGAAGGAAGCUGCUGGUAGCGGCAAGGGCAGUGGGCUCCCCAGGGAGGAGGCUGGCGCCCCCCUGGUCACACCCUCGCUCCUGCAGAUGGUGCGCCUGCGCUCUGUGGGUGCUGCCCCUGGGGCUCCCGCCCCGGCAUCGGGACCAGCGGCCCCCCAGAAGCCACUGCGGCGGGCUCUGUCAGGGCGGGCCAGCCCAGCGCCAGCCUCCUCCCCAGGGCUCCACGCUGCUGUCCGACUCAAGGCCUCUAGCCUGGCCGCCAGCGAGGGCCUCGGGAAUGCCCAGUCCAACGGGUCGGCAGAGGCUGAGCCGCCGGCUCCUCGGUCCCCUGCCUCCACAGCCAGCUUCAUCUUCUCCAAGGGCACUAAGAAGCUGCUGCUCGAGCGGCCCGUGUCCCCUGAGGCCCAGGCUGACCUCCAGCGGAAUCUGGUGGCUGAACUUAGGAGCAUCUCAGAGCAACGGCCACCACAGACCCCAAAGAAGCCGCCUAAGGCUCCCCCGCCUGUGGCCCGCAAGCCCUCUGUGGGGGUCCCCCUGCCCACCUCCCCCAGUUUCCCUCCCACCAAUGGGCUCCCACAUGCUGAGGACAGGACUAAGGGGGAGUUGGCAGAGAAUGGCGAUGUCGUGCAGCUAGCGGGCCCCGAGGAGAAGACGGGACCUCCAGGCUCAGACCGACCCAGAGAGCUGGUUUGAGCGCUGGCCCUGCUGGCCCGGCCCAGGAAUACUCAGGGACCUGAGCAGCUCCAAGGACCAGAGGAGACAGCAGACAGCCCGAGGGGACGCCUGCAGCCUUAACCUCACGGCCUUCGUACUUAUGCAAGCCUGGUGUUGCUCCUGCCUACGUCAUCCAGCUCUCACGCCUGUCCCCAGGUGGUCACCUCUGGCUUGGCCACUCAGUCUUGCUUGGCCUUAGCCUCAUCCCGGAGGCGGUAGCUGGUGGGAGCGGGUGGCUGCGCCCCCUGCUGGCCGGAGGCACAGUUGGAGCAGAACACCUCCCUCGUUCGCGUUCCAAGUCCAAAUCACCUCCACGUGUCUCCAGAAUCAAAGCACUUUUGAGAAGUGGCCGCAUGUCCCCCCCAGGGCCUGUUUACAUGGCAGUGGCAGUCCCUCAUUGGGACCCUCUGUCCCUGUCCCACGCCCCCCUCAUCCAGUUUGCUCCUCAGUUCAGGAGGUGGGAGGUGGGCGUUGCUGCCCUGCAGGCGUCGCCAGGCGGCGGCAUUCCGAAGCACAAACGGCACAGUGGGAGCUAGCCUUGCUGCGCUGCAGCUGCCCGCCUCCCACGCUGCCCUUGCACCUGCGAGCACACCGGAGCUGCCAGCUCCCAGUGUGUGGGGAAGGGCGAGGGGAGGUCACUUCAGUGGUGCCCCUUGCUUCAGUCAGGUUGGGUGGGCAGGCACGUUUCUGUCCCUAUCAGCACGCAAAAGGUAGGGGGGCGGCUGGGCCAGCAGGGGAGGGCUUGUUUGGGCAGUGGCCCUGACCUGGCCAAGCUUCCCUGACCUUUCUCCUUACUCUUCGGUGCAUGGCCUUUCUGCAGCUGCCUUUCAGCACAGGUGGCUCCGCCAGGGGAGCAGACGCUGUGGAGGACAGGGAGCCAAAGGUGCAUUUCUUUCAGACCCUUCCUGAGGCCGUGCAGGCAGCGGUGCUCCUGGGAGCAGGCUGGUGGGCGGGCUGUCCCCCAGAUACCAGCCUCUGCUACUGGUCUCUCCUGGGAUUUUAACGACCUUUCUAUUAACAGCCGGUGCCACCGUCUGGCUCGGCCGGUCAGCCCAGUGGCUCCCCCACAGCUGCACGGUUGCCAUCCAGGGCCACCUCUUCUUUCUUGAGCUCUUUCCUCAAUCGUGACUCAGGCACAAGCCAGAUAAGGCACCUCAGCACCACCGAAUGACACCUCCCCCCAGAAGCCUGGACAUAGGGGGUGGCAUGAGCCCCCGUUCCUCUGGACCUCCCCAGGGCUCCAUCAGUUGUCACCCACCGCUGUCCUCCCUUCCCUGUCGCUGUAAACCAAUGUUCUUCCUGUGCCCAGUGGGUGCUGGGAGCUGCUGCUGGGAGACAUUGCACCUGCCCGUGAGUUGGGUCAAGGACAGUCAGCCUGUUCCGCCCAGAGCUCCUGACCUACCGCCCCAGGAACUGGGACCCCGCUGAAACCAGGCCCUGGCAGAAGCUGGGAACUGCUGGAGGGAGGGAGCCCGGCUUGUGUCUCAGGCCCACCUGUUCACCCUCUAUCCAGCAGGACCCUGGACUAGUUCCCCCAUGGGGUGGGAGAAUGAUGAAGGGAGGCCACACAGAAAGCGCAGCCUUUUGUCCCAUGGGGCCAGCGAGCUUGACUGAGCACAGAUGGAGACCAAAAGCCUCUGGUUUUUAAUUUCCAUAAAAAUGUUAGAGGUAUAUAUAUAUUUCUUUAAAUCUUGGAGUCUUUGGUAUGUCUGUACUACCCAUUCCCCUGCCCUGGAGCCUCAGUGAGACACGAAGCGGUUCCACCCCGAGGUGUAAUUAAAUGAUUGAAUCUUGUCUGUGGCUCUUCUACUCUAUUGCUUUUAUGAGACAGCGACAGGUGCCCCUGUAAUGCCCCACGUGUGAUCCACCCCUGCCCUGGCCGGCCUGAGUUGUGGCCCUGCAUGCACCAGCCCCGCGUGGACAGGGAACCCGUGGGACGCAACCCUGGCCCUCCCUAUGGUCCAGUACCACAGUCACAUGUCCCCUGCCCCAGCAGCUGUCUGGGUCCACACUGCACCCCAAAGGGGGCCUCUUCUGCUUAGUGCUGCUGAGGGGAAAACGGGGGGUGUCUUCUGUAUCUUAUCUCCCAUACCCCCGCCCCAAACCAGGUCACAGUCUAAGGUUCCAGCACCCCAGGCUGAGUGAGGCCCAGCUCACAGACGGGCCCUCUAGA